AUGUACUGCAAGAAUUGUAACAUUCCUAUAUGCACCAAGUGCAUUGCAUCUGAUCAACACCUAGGACAUAAAUUAUCGGAAGUCUUGAAAGUUUUGGAGGAAAGAAAAGACAAGCUAAGUAAAGAUCAUAUUGAAUUACAUGAGAUUAUUUAUCCUACCUACCACAAAAUUGCCUCUGAUGUCCAAAAUAGAAUGAGUAAGUUAGAAAAGGAAUAUAGAGAUCUCUUAACAGCCAUUACAAAACACGAAGAAGACUGGCACAGAGAAAUUGACAAACUUGUCAAGAAACUUAAGGCUGAAGUUGAUGAAAGGAAAACCACACAGUUACAAACUCUACAGAAACAUCUAGAUGAAAUAAACGAAACAAUUAUUAAAAUAAAAGAAGAAAUCGAUUUAAUUGAUGAAGUUAUCAAUUCUCAUGAAAUUUCCAAACUAUUCAGGAAUACAUUUGAUGUAGAUAAAUAUAGGCAGCUACCACUUAAAACUGUGCUUUCCCCACCCUCAUUCACCCAAGGAAGAAUCAAUGGAGAGCAACUUAGUAAGCUGUUUGGAACCUUAUCAUUAACUUCCAUAUUAUUAGAAAAGAACUGCUACAGCAUGAAAGAAACAAAUCACAAAUCACAAGAAGCUGGAUCCUCUCCUUUCAACAGCAGCUGCUUGGUGAACCAGAGUUUGUCUCCACCAUAA